CCGCUACAGGUUUUGUUGUUGAUAUGUAAACAAAAAUGGCGGACAGGGAUUCACUUCAGACGGAGAGCACACACAGUCAGGACACUGACCAGACAGGUGACACCCACCAAUCUUAUGGGGCUUCAGCUGUGCCACUCACGAUGGUCUCCGCCUACAAACAUCUACGACAGUCAGGGGAGGGCAGUAAAAAUGUUCCACAGCUUCCAUCUCACAGAUUCCAGUACUCGGUGUGGCAUGACCUUAGAGAGGCAUGCUUAACAGGAACCAUGCUGAAAGCCCCCAGGGUCCGAGAAGGCCCUCCAGAAAAAGACAAGGCAUUUUAUAAAAUGAGAGAUGAAGAAAACAAAAUCAUUCAUCAUUCGUACAAGGGUUCAGAAAAGAGAAACUACAGAUGCAAAAUGGAGGAGUGGGAGAGUGCAAAGUCCGUUAGCUUAUGUUACCAGGAGUUGGAUGACAAAUACCAAAGAUCCUGUUUUGAGAAAAUUUUGAAAAAGCUGCCUGCAGUAGAACACCUGUAUCUGACAGACAAUGCCAUACAAAGCCUUAGAGGCUACUCAUUUCCCAAGUGUGAAGUACUGAACCUGAAUAAUAAUUUCAUAUCCACUUUCCAGAACCUCCCCUCCAUUCCCCGGAUCCGCUCCCUGAUGUUGGAGGACAAUGACAUCGACUCGUUUAAUCACCUUUCCAAAUUACGGUCCUCCAGUAUUGAGGAACUGUACCUCAAUGGAAACCCUGUUGCAUUCCAGAUCAACUACAGACCAAAGGUUUUUCAGAUUCUGACCCAGCUGAAGGUAUUGGAUGGAAUCCCAAAACUCCAAUCUGACCUCGAGUUUCAGUCGUUGGAGGAAUUGAACCCAGAGUCCUCCAAAUGCACCAUAUUGUAGAAAAGCAACUGUUUCAGACGGACCCAUCUUCAAUCUGACAAAUGGAUUCCAUAUUGUUAAAAUAACUUGUUAUGCAGCUUCCUGGACAAAUUUUGAAAAUCACCACACUAUCUUGUAAAUGAGGAUAAGAAAUUAACAUAAAGGAUUUAACAUUUAUUUGCAGAGUAAAAUAUCUCUGCAAGAAUACCUUGAAUUUUGUUGCACUUUAAACAUAAGCAUGCACUGUAUUUUAGUUGAUUUGGGUGUUAUCUAUACAUUCAGUUGAUACAUAUUGAAGAGAGGAAAUGUUGUAUAGAUUAUUUUGGAUCCAAAUUAUUUUCAACUUCAAAGAGAAAAUUAAGAUACACAUUUUUCUUGAUAAUGCAAGUGUUUUAAAAAUUUGAAAGCAAAAUUUAAUACAUUGUUCAUUAAAUAGAGUACAGUAAAAUAUGGUUACAGUGAACAUGCUUAUAAUAAAUUCAUGUUAACAGCAAAUUGAUUUUCAUUCCCUGUUGUUUUAAAACAUAUUAUCAACUCAUUGGAUAUAGCAAAUUUUGUUUAUAAUGAAUCCAAAUUGUUAGUCCCUAGCACUUCUCUCUAAGUGUGUUUUACUGCAUAUCUGUGAUAAGAAAAAAAUUACACUGAAUAUAUCAAUGCCUUCUCUAAUAUUGUCCUCCUCGUCAUAAGCACUCAUAUCCCUAUGAAUGCAUCUAAUAUUGUAUUCCUCUUUCAAUAUAAGCACUCACACUCCUAUGAAUGCUGCUAAUAUUGUAUGCUACUUUCUGUAUAAGCACUCAUAUCCCUAUGAGUGCCACUAAUAUUGUAUUCUUCAUUUUAAGCAUUCAUACCACUAUGAAUGCCACUAAUAUUGUAUUCUUCAUUAUAAGCACUCAUACCCCUAUGAAUGCCACUAAUAUUGUAUUCUUCAUUAUAAGCACUCAUACCACUAUGAAUGCCACUAAUAUUGUAUUUUCAUUUUAAGCACUCAUACCACUAUGAAUGCCACUAAUAUUGUAUUCUUAUUAUAAGCACUCAUACCACUAUGAAUGCCUCAGUGUAGUCAGUUAUUUGUUACUCCUCAUCAUGCAACAAGUUUCUCAUUCCGUCCUGAUUAACUGUAAAUGUUGUAAUGUAUAUUAAAUUUUAAUAGAGUCAACAACUAAAAUUGUAGGUGCACAAAAUAUCACCUGUAUUAAUAAACCAUGGGGGUUUUAGUUGACACUCUACAUGUACUUGUUAUACAAUAUUUUAUUUUUAUACAUGUAUAUAUCAUGUUUUUAUUUAAGGAUCUUUAUUAAUUCAUAUCUUUAUGUUUAUAAUCAAACAUUCUCAUUUCUACAUUUUGACAUGCUGGUUGUGUCAAACUAUAAAUAAAUUGUUUGAAAAAUA